GUAUGCACAAGGUGAACAUUUGCGAAGCGUUUUCCUUCGAAAUCGGUCCAAAUCGUUCCGUUUCUUAGUUGUGUAAAUUACUAGUAUCUUGCGACGGUGUUCUUUUGGUAUAUUGUGAUAAGUUGUUUGUUCCAAUCGUGUGCUUAGUUUUAGAGUUCUAGUCCUUAAAAUGUUCCUGCUAAACGAAACAGAUGCAGCCAUAUUUCCGAUGGCUCGUACCGGUGACAUGCCCAAGAUGCUGGGAUGGAAUCUACCACCAGAGCAGCAGCACUUGGUGCAUGAUCAUUGGAAGGAUUUCCCGGCGCCCCCAUAUUAUAUGCACUUGCUGUUGGCAAUGCUCUACUUCGUUCUAAUGAGCGUGUCUCUGAUCGGAAACGGAAUCGUUGUGUGGAUUUUUUCAACAUCAAAAUCCUUACGCAAUGGAUCCAACAUGUUCGUGGUUAAUCUUGCUAUAUUCGACCUCCUUAUGAUGUGUGAAAUGCCAAUGUUUCUGGUGAACUCCUUCGCCGGCUAUUUGGUUGGAUACGAGACCAGCUGUGCAGUUUACGCCGCACUAGGUAGUCUUUCGGGCAUCGGAGGAUCCAUAACUAACGCAGUCAUCGCGUAUGAUCGCUAUCGUACCAUUUCGAACCCACUGGACGGUCGCCUCAAUAGGGUACAGUCUGGGAUUCUGAUUUUUAUCACCUGGCUGUGGGCAAUGCCAUUCACGAUACUUCCCGUCUUCAAAAUUUGGGGACGAUACAUUCCGGAAGGGUUUCUAACCACUUGCUCGUUCGACUAUCUGACUGACGAUUCGGAUACUCGCGUCUUUGUUGGAUGCAUCUUUGCUUGGGCAUAUGCAAUUCCAAUGGUUCUCAUUUGUUACUAUUAUGGACGUUUAUUCGGUCAUGUGAGCAAGCAUGAACUGAUGCUUAAGAAUCAAGCACGUAAAAUGAACGUGGAAUCGUUGGCAUCCAACCGAAACGAGAAAGCCCAGUCCGUGGAAAUUCGGAUCGCUAGAGCUGCCUUUACCAUAUUCUUUCUUUUCGUUUGUGCUUGGACUCCAUAUGCAAUUGUGGCGAUGAUCGGAGCCUAUGGGGAUAGAACUCUCCUGACGCCGUUCUUCACCAUGAUUCCUGCGGUGUGUUGCAAAAUUGUGUCCUGUUUAGAUCCCUGGGUGUACGCUAUAAGCCAUCCGAAGUAUCGACAAGAGCUGGAACGACGUCUACCGUGGAUGGGCAUCAGAGAGCCCGCGGAUAAUGUCAGUACGACAGAUAGCAAGCAUACAGUCGUUUCCGAGUCUCUACCAGUGGGGCCAAAUGGAAUAGAUUAAACUAAACAAGUUAUUCAUAUAUGCCAAAAAUGCCAUCGUUGCAGUACGUUAAAAUGGAACACCGGCUCGGACCACAGGCAAUGUAUAAAGGACUAUGAUAUGAGGAAAAAUUAAUUUCUUUGAAAUAUAUGUUACUCAAAGCAUCCCAGAAAAUGAAUAAAAAAAGAGAGAGCUGCAUGUACAA